AUGCGAUCAAGGCAUCGUUCGAUGCCAAGGUGCGAGGAUCACAAGUGCCGGCUUGUGUGUUCGCGACAUCCCAGCCAAGCAGAAACCGCGAACAACGGAGGAAGCCAAACUCAACAAUUCCCUUCUGUUAGGUACGCAACACCGGCCCCGGAUCCGUCCAUCGAGGAAAUAAAUGCCCGUGAAAGAAACCGAGGCGGAUA